UUGUUUGUUGUUGGUGGUUUCGGUGACUCGGUCGUCUAUGAGUACUAUCCCGUACUAACGAGAUGUGAAGUUAAAACUUGAAAAAACAACUCUGAAAUGAGCCCUAAACCGAAAGCAACUUCUUCAAAAAAGUCCAAAAGCACACUUGUUGAACCUCCAAAACAAAGAAAAGCUCCCUCAAAACCAAGCAAAAAGCCGAAGAAUCCAGAAUCUACACAAGCUCCAAGAAAAAAACUAAAAUCAACAAAUCCAGAAACAGAAACUAAUAUUUUACCACAAAUAUGCAACAAGCACUGGGACAAAUUCGAAAAUGAUCUUAAAACUAGGGAAGUCGACAAAAUCACUGAAAAAGUGAAUUUGUGUGCAGCUAGGAUGCACGGCUUCGAAGUAUACAAUACUCAUUUUUUAAGCUUACCCUUUUUACGUUUAGCCAUUGUUGAUUGUUUAUUAAAUAGGAAAUGGGACAAUUUACUUAGGCUAGUCAUUAGACUAAGCAGGAAUUAUAUGGAUCCAGUUUUUAGAAUGCCUAUAAGACAUCUUUGUCAAAUAUUGAAGACAUACCAUCCAGCAAUCAGAGGCACAGAAAUUGCAGAUCAAAUCAAUUUAGUAGUGGAGAAAUUUGAGAAAAAGUCUGAAACUAGAAAAAAUCUUACCAAUGUUGUUUAAAUAAAAAAAUAGACUUAUUUUAAAUUAGUUUAUUAUUAAAAAAUAACCCUAGACAUUCUAUUUCUUAGCUUGGGCUGCACGGUCAGCCUUCCUCUGAGCAGCAACUGCCCUUUGCUUGUUGGUGCUCAAAUUGUGCCUUUUCGAGAACCUUUGGUUCUUUAAGAAUUUAGCAUCCAU